UCUUCCAUUCGCUUCUUCUCUCUUUUUCUGAUACGUACUGACAAAAGAACUGAACUCUGCUUUAUUUACUUGCUAAGACGCUGGUAGAUUUUGGACCUUUUCUCAUCAGUUUCUGAUUGGUGAUCUCGUAGAUUGAACCCUUGCGAAUCGUCUGAUUUUCUGAAAAUUAUGGGCUUCAUGUUUUUUACCCAUUCAUGGAACAAGUCACAUGAUCAGAUAGUUUAAAUUUUUAUUCUGAUGAAUGGAAGUUUAACUUCUGAACCCCAAAAGGCUGUAGGCUUAAAUGGGUAAUUCUGCAAAUGAGGCUAGUCGAAUUCUGGAGGAUGACGAGUUUAACUGAGUUCAUGUCUGUGGAAGAUGAGGGACAUUACCAUUAGUAAAUUCUAGGCUUUUUCUCCCAAUUAUUUGUGUUGCUUGAAUGAGCUAAGCCAAAGAUUUGUUGUUUCAGGUGACCCUUUUUCUUAUCUGGAAGGUUUGUGGAGGUUUCUUCUGGUUGCUACUUGAACUGGUGAUUGCUGAUUAGGGCUAAAACUAUGUCAGCCUAUGCACAUCAGAUGGAACGGGAGUUCUCAGCCCAGAGUCUAUCCAGUAGAGGGAAUUCUGAGGUAGGGAGUCAAUACAUUGUAGAGACAGGCUUCUACAUGACAUCAUUUGCAGGAACAAUCUUCAUUGCUGCUCUUGUAACUAUUGGGGUAUUGUUGAUAACGUUGCUGAUUGCACUAUCAGUAAUGUUGCAGUCCUGUCAAAGUAGGAAUUCGGGGCUUGUUGAAAUUCCAAAAUCAAGUGAUGAUCACAGUUACUGCAAGAUUUUUGCACAGCACGCUGAGCUCAACAACUUGGAAGUGGGAGAGUUCCCUUCAGUUUGCAGGGAUUUUGGUAUUGAGUACAUCAGAGAAGGACAGUAUUGGAGAGAUUUAAAUUUUACAAUGUGGAUGAUUGAGAGUUAUUUCAGUAGUCUUACACCAUUGGAUGAUGGAUUAGAUGUGGUGUUAAUGGAUGUAGAUGAGAUCUCUGCUUCAGAUCUACACCCUAGCAUAUUGAAGUACCGAUUUGAUGUAUGGCACUGUGGUUAUACUGAUUGCAUUGAAGAUGCGAGAAACCAGAAGCAUAUGCUCAUUCUGAAGUUAUACUUGAAACUUAGAUCCAAAGGAUGGUUAUUGAUUUUCAUAUCGCGGAAACAUGAGAAUGAACGCAACUCCACUUUGAAGCAUCUUAUUUCUGUUGGAUAUACUGGAUGGUCUUCUUUGAUUAUGAGGUUGGACGAAGAAAUGCAGAUGAAUACUCAUGAAUACUUUUCGAAACGCAGAACAGCAAUGCAGGAGGAAGAUUUUAGAAUCGCUGGUGUGAUCAGCAGCCGUAUGGAUGCUUUGACCGGUCCAUAUUUAGGAAAGAGAAUUUUCAAGCUUCCCAAUCUUUCAUUUUACAAUUUAGAGGGUUAUACUGAAACCAGAAAAAUAUCACUAUAAAAUGGUGUUAAAAAGGUGGACCUUACGUCUAUUUAUUUGUUCUCAAUCUAUUGGUUCUUCAAAGAUCAACUGUAUGCUCUGCCGUUGGAGAACUCUGGGUUUCCCCCAAGUAUUUCUUGUAUAUAAUUCAAAUGAGUUUAGCUGUAAUUCACAGCUUAUAUGACCAUAUGUACAUAAUAAUAAUAUCUAUGACAUUUAUAGUCGAAGGUGACCACCUGACUUAUAUCAUAA